GAGUCCAGAGAGCAGCUGUGAAGUCGCAGUGAAUGACCAGCCUCCCCUGAAGCUGAAGGGUCCCUCCCAAGAGGAUGAAGGUCUCUGUGGCUGCACUCUUUAUCCUCAUCCUCAUCUCCACCACUCCGGCUUUGUACGGCCAGUCAAAAAUUCCUGAGUCAUUGAACCAUUCUCCCACCUGCUGCCUGAAGCAUCAUGAGAAAGUAUUGCCAAGGAAAUUGGUGGUGGGAUACAGAAAGGCCCUCAACUGUUACCUGCCAGCAAUCAUCUUUGUCACCAAAAAGAAUCGAGAGGUCUGCACUAACCCCAACAACAAAUGGGUCCAAGAAUACAUCAAGGAUCCCAAUCUACCUUUUCUGCCUCCCAGGAACUCGGCCCAGGUUAAAAGUAUUGGGACAUAGGAAGGCCAACCCCAGCUCUGCAGCUCUCCAUGACCAUCUGGCCUCGGUGGGAGCCCUGGUUCCGAAAGAAAAAUGCAACCCUGUGAAAAUGCAGGCAGCCGUGUGGUCUGGAUGACGGUCACAUUCAGAGAAGCUGGCCCCUAAUGAAAAAGAAAUUAAAAGUAUUUCAAACAUUU